GUUCAGCCAUGAAAAUUUUAGUAAGUUUUUCAAUAAUACUUGAACUAGUGCUCACUUCGGAAAUCAAAAAAACUCUAUCGCCGAUUUUUAAAAUUAUGAGGACUUAUAAGCAAGGACUUGUGGGGUUAUUAUCCUUGGUAUUUUUCCUAAUGACAGUAAAUGCACUGCCUACUAGCGGGCAGUCACGCAUCAUCAGUGGCACUGAGGUCGAUUGGGAGAGUACUCGCUAUCAGGUGUCUGUACGUAAUCAGUAUAUCGAUAGCAUUUUCUUUGGAGCUGGCCAUUUGUGUGGUGGUACUUUGGUAGCACGUAAUCUGGUUUUAACAGCCGCUCACUGCAUUUGGGAUGAACAAAGGGAACUCUUCCGUGCACCCAAUGAAUUUGUCGUAGUUAUGGGCAAUGUCGAUCGUCUUAAGAAAACAGGAAGUCUUAAAAUAGGAGUUCGUAGCAUCAUAAUAGGUCCCCGUUUCAAUACAUCUACAUAUCGUGAUGACAUAGCCAUUAUGGUUCUCAAUGAAUCGAUUCCUCUGAACUACCAACGAGCUUCGAUAAUGCCAUUAAAUGAUAAGCCCAAUCUGAGAGAGGGCACCAGUUGCACUGUAAGCGGCUGGGGUAUAACGGAAAAGGGUCAUUUUUCCCGAAAAUUGCGACAUCUUGAGGCUCCCAUUAUCAAUCGCAAUAUCUGCGCUAAUAACUAUGGCCAUACCACAAUUCUGCCUGGUAUGAUGUGUGCCGGUUAUUUGGAGGGUAUUCGUGAUGCUUGUAUCGGUGAUUCGGGUGGACCUUUGGUGUGUGACAAUAAAUUGGUUGGUAUAGUGUCCUUUGGCAUUGGCUGCGCUCUACCCGAUUAUCCUGGUGUUUAUACCAAUGUUGCCGACUAUAUUGAUUGGUACCGUAAUAAUACUGCUUCAAUUCAAGAUCGUGGCAUUAUGGCAAAUUAUACAACUACACCAAAUAAUACCAUUGUCUUGCCACAUAGGGCUAAUUCAUCACCCAUUGGCUGUAGUAAGAGCUCGAUUUUGGUAAUGGUCCCCUUGUUGAGUAUUUUAUAUAAAUUUCUGGCAUUAUUGUGAAUAAAGAUUUCUAUGAAUUAAACAUAUGAA